CAUGCGCGCUGCAGAGGCGGCGGCUGCAGCGGCCUGAAGAGCCCCGCGGGGUGAGCGGGCGGCGGCGGUGGUAGUUGCGGUGGUUCGGCGUGUCGCUGGGCGGCCCUGAUCGCGCGCCACGAUGCCGGCGGUGUCGAAGGGCGAUGGGAUGCGAGGCCUGGCCGUCUUCAUCUCCGAUAUCCGGAACUGCAAAAGCAAAGAAGCGGAGAUAAAGAGAAUAAAUAAAGAACUGGCAAAUAUCCGGUCAAAAUUUAAAGGUGACAAGGCUCUGGAUGGUUACAGUAAGAAAAAAUAUGUCUGCAAGCUGCUUUUCAUUUUUCUCCUGGGGCAUGACAUUGACUUCGGUCAUAUGGAGGCUGUAAACCUGCUCAGUUCCAAUAGAUACACAGAAAAACAAAUUGGCUAUCUCUUCAUCUCCGUCCUGGUGAACUCUAACAGUGAGCUGAUUCGUCUAAUAAACAAUGCCAUCAAGAACGAUCUGGCCAGCCGCAACCCCACCUUCAUGGGUCUGGCUCUGCACUGCAUUGCCAACGUGGGUAGCCGCGAGAUGGCGGAAGCGUUUGCUGGAGAAAUUCCAAAAAUACUUGUAGCUGGAGAUACUAUGGAUAGUGUGAAGCAGAGUGCUGCCUUAUGCUUGCUGCGUUUGUAUAGGACUUCUCCUGAUCUUGUCCCCAUGGGAGACUGGACGUCCAGAGUGGUACAUCUCCUCAAUGACCAGCACUUGGGUGUGGUUACUGCAGCUACAAGUCUGAUCACAACUUUGGCACAGAAGAACCCAGAAGAGUUCAAAACUUCAGUCUCUUUGGCAGUGUCAAGAUUAAGCAGAAUUGUAACUUCUGCAUCAACAGAUCUUCAGGACUAUACGUACUAUUUUGUUCCUGCUCCUUGGCUAUCUGUGAAACUGCUGAGGCUCUUACAAUGCUAUCCACCUCCAGAAGACCCUGCGGUACGUGGUCGUCUCACAGAAUGCCUAGAAACUAUUCUUAACAAAGCACAGGAGCCACCAAAGUCAAAGAAAGUACAACACUCAAAUGCGAAGAAUGCUGUGCUAUUUGAGGCGAUAAGUUUAAUUAUACAUCACGACAGUGAGCCAAAUCUACUAGUCCGUGCCUGUAACCAGCUAGGUCAGUUCUUGCAGCACCGAGAAACUAAUUUGCGUUACCUAGCACUGGAAAGCAUGUGCACGCUUGCCAGCUCUGAAUUCUCACAUGAGGCUGUGAAAACACACAUAGAAACUGUUAUCAAUGCACUAAAGACUGAAAGAGAUGUGAGCGUACGGCAAAGAGCUGUAGAUCUCCUGUAUGCAAUGUGUGACCGAAGCAACGCCCAGCAGAUUGUGGCUGAAAUGCUGAAUUACUUGGAGACUGCUGAUUAUUCCAUUAGAGAAGAAAUUGUUCUGAAAGUUGCAAUUCUAGCAGAGAAGUAUGCAGUGGAUUAUACCUGGUAUGUGGACACAAUCUUGAAUCUGAUUCGUAUUGCCGGUGACUAUGUCAGUGAAGAAGUGUGGUACCGAGUUAUUCAGAUUGUUAUCAACAGGGAUGAUGUUCAAGGGUACGCAGCAAAGACUGUUUUUGAGGCCCUUCAAGCUCCAGCAUGCCAUGAGAAUCUCGUAAAAGUAGGUGGCUACAUCUUGGGAGAGUUUGGUAAUCUGAUAGCAGGGGAUCCAAGAUCAAGCCCCCUCAUCCAGUUCAACUUGCUACAUUCCAAGUUUCAUCUGUGUAGUGUUCCUACCCGAGCUCUGCUUCUGUCCACCUACAUCAAGUUUGUGAACCUGUUUCCAGAAAUCAAAACUACAAUUCAAGAUGUGUUGCGCAGUGACAGUCAGCUAAAGAAUGCAGAUGUUGAGCUGCAGCAGAGAGCUGUUGAGUAUCUGAGGCUCAGUACUAUUGCCAGUACUGAUAUAUUGGCUACAGUGCUGGAGGAAAUGCCUCCCUUUCCAGAGAGGGAAUCUUCUAUUUUGGCUAAACUCAAGAAGAAGAAAGGUCCAGGCACAGUUACUGACCUGGAAGAGAUCAAAAAGGAGAGGAGCUCUGAUAUGAAUGGAAGUGCUGAACCUGCAUCUGUCAAUGCCAGUGCUGUUACUACUCCUUCUCCAUCUGCGGAUCUGCUGGGUCUGGGUGCAGCCCCUCUCACCAAUUCAGCUCCCCCACCUUCCUCUAGUGGUAGCCUGCUGGUGGAUGUAUUUUCAGAUUCAGCUUCUGCUGUUGCACCUCUUGCUCCUGGUUCUGAUGACAACUUUGCAAGCCCUGACCUGGCUUCAUCUGAGGUAGUUUCUGAGGAACCAGCUGAUACUGUGCAUGAUGCUGAUGAGCUUUUUCACAAGUUUGUGUGUAAAAAUAAUGGAGUCCUCUUUGAAAAUCAGUUGCUACAAAUUGGAUUGAAGUCUGAAUUCCGACAGAACCUGGGACGUAUGUUCAUUUUCUAUGGUAAUAAGACAUCUACGCAGUUCUUGAAUUUUACUCCAACAGUAAUCUGCUCAGAUGAACUUCAACCAAGCCUGAAUCUUCAGACAAAACCUGUUGACCCCACGGUGGAUGGUGGUGCUCAGGUUCAGCAGGUUGUGAACAUUGAAUGUGUGUCAGACUUCAUGGAAGCUCCCAUUCUGAACAUUCAAUUCAGGUACGGUGGAACAUUCCAGAAUCUUUCAGUAAAAUUACCCAUCACACUGAAUAAGUUUUUCCAGCCAACAGAAAUGUCUUCUCAAGACUUUUUCCAGCGUUGGAAGCAACUGAGCAAUCCUAAACAAGAAGUACAGAACAUCUUUAAAGCAAAGCACCCAAUGGAUGCAGAGAUCACAAAAGCAAAGAUAAUUGGCUUUGGAUCGGCCCUACUUGAGGAGGUGGAUCCCAAUCCUGCUAACUUUGUUGGUGCUGGUAUCAUACAUACAAAGACUACUCAGAUUGGAUGCUUGCUGCGCCUUGAACCCAACCUCCAGGCACAGAUGUAUAGACUCACACUACGAACAAGUAAAGAAGCUGUAUCUCAGAGGUUAUGUGAAUUGCUGUCAGAACAGUUUUAAUACUAACCAUGACAGUUUUUUGUUUUUCCAUUUAUAUCAUUGUCAUCAUACUGCAAAUAAAUGUCUUGUACAUCACUGUCUGAGUACUGCAAUGUUAACCAAUACCAGCUCCCUGCCUUAAUAGGACUUGCCCUUUGUUUGGAAUUGUGAGUGUGAAACAUACAGUACAGGGAAGUGAUUUUUUACAUUGAAAUGGCUUUUAGUAUGUUACACAAAGCGUGGGUGGGCUGUCUUUGUCUUUCUUUUAUUGCAGAGGUCCCACUUUUAAACUUGUUAAAGGGAAAAUUGACUUCGAUGUAGUAAGCUCGGUUUUCAACUGGCAAUGGCUAGUAACAUUCUGCCUUAGUGCCUUUAACAGGUACUCUCUCUGCUCUGAGCUGAAGAAAAAAUGUGUUGAUGCUCAGUAGGGUCGAUUCAGACAUUAAUAUAGCAUCAGUGUGAAGUUAAACAUUGAUUCAAGGGUUGUACUGUAUGGGAAGGGCAGAUUCCAAGGUGUGUUUGAACCUGAUUUACGUGAAUGCUUAUGUUGGCUGUCCCCAGUUUUUGUUCUAUUUGAGAAAUGCUACAGAUUCGGUGUCAUAAAAUAUUAAUGGUCUAAUUCUGUGCAUCUUAACUGUUUUGGUUUAUUUUUUUGGUCUUUGGAAAGUGGAUUGAGCACAAAAGCUAUUCUUAAUCCUUCUGCUUAUCUCAAAUAAUGGGGCGAGCUUCUCUGGUAGGUAGUGAAUGAGUACAUGUUUGUUAAGUCAACUAUUCUGUUUGUUUUCUUCCACUAUCCUUUAGAUUUAGCAAGUAGCAGUCCUGAUAUAGCUAACUGCAGAGAGUAUGGGUUCUCAAUAGUGUGGUAUUGUAUAAAAGGAGAAGAGGGACGAGUGGGCACUUGAAGGCUAAGGCAUGCACUUUGUAGACAAAUAUUUAAUGUUAAACUAUUUUCCUCCAAUGUACAAUGCUAAAUCUUGAGAGGCUGAAUAACUGGUAUCUGUACAGUUUCUGGUCUGUUAUUGGUGGUAAAAAUAUCCAACACGGUGUGGAAGACUUGUGUUGAGAUUGGGAAUAGAAAGGCUGAGUAUGUUCAGCUUAUACAGGGGCUUUUGCAACCAAAGCCAUUACAGCUUGUUCCACAUGAGCAAACUACCUGCACAACAAAGUGGGCUGAAGUUUGGCUCAUGUUGUUCAAGUCUGGAAAAGCACCAAAGGCUGUUAAAGCAGGAGAAGUAGGGGUUAGGAACUGUGGGCAGUUGUCAGUGAGCAGUACUGCAGGUCAGGGUGAACCGAGAGGACAGGCUGCUGCUGAUGUGAGGAGUGAACCUCAGAUCAACAUUCUCUUACUUGGAGGAAGCUUAGCACUGUUGUUUCACAACUCAUAUAGCCAAAUAUACCGUUGUAAGAAAGGCUUUGGGUAAUAGGGAUGGUGAUGAAAAUGAGAACACUGCUUUGCACACCGGAGGGAAAAGGAUUCUACUUGAGUGACUGUGGUUUGCUUUCUAUCAGUGCUUAGAGUUAAAAGAUGGAACUAGGUGAUGAGUUUGGUUUGGUUGAAGGCUUAUGACUGAGUACCAGAGAACUGAGGAGCAAUGGUUUGAGUGUGGGGAGUGCGAUUGUGAUGUUUUGUGGGGCUUUUUUUUCCCAGGAGUGCUCAAUAAAUAUGGAAUUUAUUGGCUGUGAAGUUGUCUAUAAAACUUGUCUUUCUGGAAAAGUUCUCUUGAACUGUUGACCCUUUUGUGGCUUCUUGAGCAUCUAAUGAAGGCUCUCCGAUCACAGAUGUUAUCUUUUGAAAAAUCUUCAUAAGCAUUUCCUGCAGUCGAGUUGGUAAUUGGCCAAGUGCUACCAAACUACCUUGUACUUUGCCCUUUGGAAGCUGUGUGAUCUUUAUUAAUCCUGUUGUCUUCACCAUGUUGUUGGCUACUGUGUUAAAAAUGCGUUGUGCUGAACUAAGGGAGUCUUAGCAGAGACAGGGAGGAGCUUCUUUCAUUUUUUUUCCCCCGAUUCCUAUUGUACAUCUGUUUCUCUGGAUAUGUUCUGUGCCCUUGUUAAAGGACAUCUCAAGACACGCUGUACUAUACUAGUUCACUUAGCUUUGGUUCCAGCUGUGCUAAAAAUGUGCAUUAAAAAUAUGGGUAGGAGGGGGGAAAGGGAAAGCGUCUUUUCAGUGGUGACUGUAUUAAGCUUAUGAUUGUUCACGUUUUGUAUUAGAUGUCAGCUCAGUGAAGCCAUGAGCAGAACAGUGAACAAAUUAAGGGUAAAUACUUGAUUUUUUUUUUCUUUUGUUUUUUGUUUUUUGUUUUGUUUUUUUCUCGUGAAUGAUGGUUAACUUACCAAAGUGAUGUAUCCUUUCAAGCAGACAAAGUAAUUUCUGCAGUAAACAGUGUUAUUGUUUUCAAGUACAGUAUUUUCAGGCAUUGACGUGUGAAAAUAACUGAAUAGCAAAACAGGUAGCAUUUGUUCAUUCUUGACCUACACUCCAGUAUGUAACAUUUAUGGUGAUUGUCUUAUUUGUAUAAAACAAAGUUCUGUCAAAUUAAGUGGAGAAUUUUCAUAUAGAAGACUAUAUAUUAGACUAUAUUCAUCAGAAGAACAUAUUAAGAUUAAAUAAAUGAUUAGAACGGUAA